AUGGCGGCGGCGGCGGCGGCCCGGCGGCUGUGUAGCGCGGCGGCGGCGCAGCCCCCGCGCCUGAAGAAGCUCGCGCUCCACGCGCCCAAAUCCGUGGAGGUUGAGUUUGCGGAUGGCAGCUCAUUCCAUCUGUCAGCUGAGUUUCUCAGAGUUUACAGCCCAGCAGCUGACAGCAAAAUCAGAUCAAUAGCUGGUGAGAAGGUUAUAUUUGGGCGGAGACAUGUUGGAAUAAUGUCAGCUGAAUCAAUAGGAAAUUAUGGAGUUCGGAUAUUGUUUGAUGAUUUGCACAAGACUGGGAUCUUCACUUGGGACUACUUGCACCAUCUGGGUUCUAAUAAAUUCAGUUUGUCACGAACUUAUAUCAAAACUUUGAGGAAACACGGUCUUAGUCGGGAUCCUGGGAGAAGAAAAUGAUGGAACCAAAGUAUUUGUGCCAGUUAAAUAUUGUAGAUACAAGUGAACACAAAUAGGCUUUCCCUACCAUGUCUUGGAAUUGGUAUUCAGAAGAACUGCUUCCUUGAUGGGGAUGGAUGGAGCUGAUACAUGUGAACUCAGAAUCUCCUAAACCAGAUAGCUUACUAUGUAAUGCUAGGAAUUGUUCUUACAAUAGCAGGUAUGAGAAACGGUACAAUUCUCUUACAUUUAGUUUAUCAAUAUUUUCUGAAAUGGAUUGUAUGUAUUUCUUGAGUUGUGCCAAGAGAAGUUUUUUUUCCUUUUCCACUAUGAAUUGUCCAACACCAAGUAUUUUUAUGUACCCUCUAUGUUUGACAUCUGAAGUGCUAGAAUGGUUGAAUAAGAGACAAGGAGGAGAGC